AUGAUGCAUAUGCAAACGUCUCAGAAGCUGCCCCUUGAUUGCAGAUGCACCAUAAUCCACAAGAAUGCCAUCUACCACAUGGAGGUCCAGGAGAGCCCCACCGGGGUGCCUCUCUUUGCGCUGCAGCCGGCCAACACAACCGAGCGCUUCCUCGGCACCACACCAACGUCUCCCUGGGCCCUGCUGGCAUUACGGCGCGGCGAGUUGGAGGUCAUGAAUGGACCGCACGCUUUUGGCUUCACGCACCCCCUGAUUGCAUCGCUCAUUCUCGCGCGCCGUGCCGCGCCGCGGCAUCUUCCAAGCCAUUCUGCCUCUCAGACCCCGUCUGAGCUCAUGACCUUUCCGCCUGAAGCGCCGGAUUCCGCUGCCUGCCAAACUUCCAGCGGAAGCCCCGCUGACUUUGGCGCCUUCAGCUACGACUCCCGCGAGGACCUGCCCAUCAGAGAGUGGAAGGGAAAGGGCGGAAAACGGGACCGGACGGAAGGCCUCUCGGAUGAAAGCGAGGAGAAAGACACCCCGUUCGGGCAGCUGAUUCGCGCGGCAGAGUUUCUGACGAACGAGGAGAAACGGUCUUCCAGCGAACCUACGGAGAGAGUGACCGCAACGGAAACAAAGCCUGGCAAGCGGAAAGCGAGAGCUGAACCGAGGGCUGAACCGGAACGGAAAGCGGAAAGGCGGCGUGACAAGAAGAAGCGCCUGUCGGAUCUUGGUGACGCAGGAAAGGGGAGCGGUUCUGCGGGCCAUAGCGCCGAUUGCGGGGGAGAACCGAAUCCCGAGACCCACGUGGCAGAAGGUGAGAUUCCGGUUGCGGGGUUUCUGGAGCGGCGGAACGAGGGGAAGCGGAAAGUGAAGCUAAGCAAGCGGGGCGAGGAAAUGGCGCAACAGCUGCGGAGCCCGAAGCGCGCGCGCCGGUCGCCGGAAACCGGGGGGAGCGGAAACUCCUCCGAAACAGGUCGUGCGGCGAUUCCUGGUGCUUUGCAGACGGAGUUUGCUUCUCUGAACCGAAAGGAGCGGAACCGCUUGAAGGAAGCAGCGGAAGAGCAGAAGGCAGACCCCAAAGGUGACGCAGCGGACGAUUGUGAGCGGAACCCCAGCGGAAAGCGGAAGACAAGGAAUGGCGGGUUCACCCGCAGGAGGGAUUCGGGCCUGGUGGGCGUUUUGGAAGCGGGCGCAAAAGGAGUGCCAGACGAAGAAACGCUGGGGGGGAAGAAGCAAAUUCGGGGCUAUUUGAAGCGGUUUUUGCCGGGCGGGGAUGACAGCAGCUCUGCGAGAGAGACCGCACUUGUUUGCAAAGUGCAGAGACCGGUCAAAGACGUUUCAAAACACGCGGCGAAAAAGGAGGCGGGAAGCGUAUUCCCGGGCCUCGAAAGUCCCCGGAAGCUGCAUCUCGACGUCGUGAACGGUGAGAUCAGCGCGGUCGAGUGGGAUGCAAAAGGGAACCCCAAACGGGAGAAUGGUUCAAUGACGAAGGGAUGGGAGAUGCAGAAAGGAGGGUUAUCUGGAGAAGAGGCAGAGGGUUUGUUCGGAUCUUCAAGAGGAAACGGAUCACCUGAGGGCUGUUUUCUGGAGGAGGAUGAAGCAGAAGAAGCUGUUCAGAGAGAUGAGAUGGAGUUUCACACGCCGGCCGGAUCGGGAGCUUCGGACCAGCACGGGAUGCGACCGGUGCCGCUGGGAGAGUCUGACUUUCCGGCUUCUUCAGCGGCGGAAGCGGACGGCGAGGGGCCUUUUCAGAGCAUCAGAAGAGUCGCGGAAGAGUUUCGGAGACGCACUGAGCGGCCGGCUUUUGGGAGCGUGGAGAGGGGACGGGACAGCCCGGUUCGAGGUACCGACGAGGUGAUUGCACCGGUGCUAGGUGCCCAGGUGUCGACCCUCGCACUUCCCAUCUUUCCGGUUCCGCCGGACGGAGUCCUGACGAGUUGGACGGAACAGCACUUGGCGCUGCUGCGGCUGAGAGGCGGCAGUCGCUGGGCUCUGAAGGUGCGCGCGCUGGGUUGGUGUCUCCGGUGGUAA